CAGGAGUAUGUUGCUUCACCUUUUUUGAUGAAAGACCAGCUGAAAUUCGAUUUUCGCGUGUAUGCCGUUAUUAGGAGUAUAAAUCCAUUGUCAAUCUACGUAUCUCGAGAGGGUUGGAACAAUUAUAGUAUUAGAACCAGUUGUCUAUAUCACAACCAGAUAAAAGCUUUUCAAGGUUCAAAGCGCCUUCUUUCGACUGUUUUCUCGCAAAUGACCGCAUGUGGGAUUCGAGCGAAGAAACUAUGGCAUGAUGUGAAGCUCAUAGUGGUCAAGACCGUACUCGCAAUGUUACCGGAACUUAUGAUACAGUAUGAAAGGACCUUUAGUGGAAUGGAAGGGCCGCAGUGCUUCCAGAUCGUUGGAUUUGACAUCAUGGUGAGAAGUGAUGGAUUUCCGAUUCUGCUUGAAGUGAAUGCUUGUCCAUCUUUGACCAUCGACCAUGGCGGAUCUGACACUGAACCUCGACAAAGAAGUGUAGUCGAUGAAGUCAGUUUUUUCCGUCAUCCUAUGAUUUGCUCAAGCGCCAGUUUAAGGAUGGUCGAGUUAGAUAUUCCCAAACCGAUACGGACGACAGGCGGCAUCUUUGCUUUUCUUGGACAGAGUCGUGUACAUAUUUAUGCAAUAUGCUUCUUCUCAGGACGCUACACUCGUCCCAUUGUCGGGUAUCAAAAGAUUUGUGAAGUGAGUUGGGUCAAUUUUGAACGAGAUUGUGGAUAUGAAGGAUUGUUUACUCCUGGAGGACUCGAGAAAAAGUUUCAUGAAAUUUGUGAAUAUUACGAAGGAAACAUUCAAAGCGAAAAGGGUCUAUUUUUUCACGGUUUUCUGUCUUUUAUGAUAUACAUAGCGGAUCGGCAGUUCAGCACAGUAUCACUGCUCAAAGAUCGGCUGCAGUUACUGUUUGACGCAGUUACGAAUGCUCUUCGAAGCAAAGGUGUGCGAUCGAGGCGUUUGCGUCGGGAAGAAUUUGACUCGAAAUCCGGAGAGUAA